CGAGAUGCGAAGCGGUUGGCGACGGGUGCUGACGGCCAUUCCACUGCUUGCCGCGACUUCGCCAUGGAACACAGCAUGGAGUGAAGCGCAUACUCCAAAGCCGCGACAACGAACAAAGUCUAUCUCAGACAAGUACGAGGUUGGCAAGGUCAUCGGGUCCGGAGGGUUUGCCGUCGUCAAGUUAGCUAAAGACAGAACCACGGGCGUGGAAGUCGCAGCAAAGUUUUUCGACAUGAAGACUGCGUCGACAGCAGAGAUUGAAGCUGAGAUCGACAUGUUGAGGUGGAUCGGUACACAUGCCAACAUCGUGUCCCUGCGAGACGUUGUUUACGAACCCACAGAUAUUAUCAUGAUCAUGGAUCUCGUCCGUGGUGGCGAACUCUUCGACUACAUCGUGAGCCAGGGCUCUAUCACCGAAGCCGACGCAAGCCGCAUGCUUCGCGAAGUCUGCCUCGCCCUCCAGCAUCUGCAUCAACGUGGUGUAUGCCACCGUGACCUCAAACCUGAGAACCUUCUCUUGACCGAAGUCUCGCCAGACGCAGAUAUCAAGAUCGCAGAUUUUGGCCAAAGUUUGCGCCUUCCCGCUGGAUCGAAGUUGACAGAGUCGCCUGCCGGGGGCACCAUUGUGUAUUGGGCCCCGGAAAUUAUCAAGCGGGCGCCACAAGACUGCGCCGUCGACAUGUGGGCGUUUGGGGUGCUGCUGUACAUUACCCUCACUGGUAUCCACCCGUUCGACCCGAAAGGCAAUUUUUCCGACGCCCAAAUCAUUAGCCUGGCGGUGCGUGGGGCAUAUGACAUGUCCAACUCGUGGUAUAAUAGCCUGAGCGAUGAGGCGAAAGACCUGCUGUCGCAUUUGCUGACGGUGGAUCCGGAGAAGCGAUUUACGGCUGCGGACGCGCUCUCGCACCCGUGGAUGAACCCUCGCUUUCGGCGGCGGUUGAGUCGUCGGUACCGCGAUGGUCUGUCCGGGCGGCUGCAAGCGUACCGUCGUCUGCAGCAACUGCGGGCCAACAUUGUGACGGUCUUGCUGUCCCAAAAACUGCACAAAUCACCGUCUGGCAAGCACGUGGUCGCGCCUCACACAACGGACCUCGAGACACUCAACCAAGACGUAUACAAGGAAGUUUUCGCGUUGUUUGACGAAGACCAGAGCGGCGCAAUAUCCAAGCACGAGCUCGCGAACGUGUUGAGAGCGUUGGGGCAGCAAUACACCCCGGCUGAGAUAGACGACAUCAUGAAAGCUGCCGACGUGGACGGUGAUGGAGGGAUUUCUCUGACAGAGUUUACGACCCUGGUCAAUUCCAGUUUGAUCCAAGUUGAGCAGUGGAACGACGCCGAUCUGCACGCGGCGUUCGAGAUAUUUGAUGUAAACCACGAUGGAUUUAUCUCCGCGGACGAACUCGCGUACGUGAUGAACGUGUUGGACAAGACUCCGAUCUCGCCCGCGGAACUCCACGACUUGAUUCAGUCGAUCGACGAAAACGGCGACGGCAAAAUCGACUACAAGGAAUUCUCAACCCUUAUGCAAGCGUGGCUCGUCGAAGGCCGGGGACAGACCAAAGGCAAAUAGCCUAGGAUGGCAGUAAAGGAUGGAAAUAUUCCUUGAGUGCAAAUUCAAGCCUUGGAAGAUUGUGCGGUUGGUCCACGUGAAUGGCUCAAAAAAUUCAAAGCAGUGCCGCAGGGCUUCACUGUCACCAAAAAAGCAAGGACGAAGCGGCCUGCACAUCACAUUCGUCAUUGAAAGAAGCAUUUCACACUCUGACUUACACGGAUGCAGACUCGAGUAAUAUCUACUUCAUCUCGAUGGGCUAGCUAGCAGCAGCCACACAUUUCACCGAGCGGUCCACUGCCGUCUGGCUUAACGCGGACGACAAAUCGGAGGGCGUGCUCCGUCUGGACGGCGUGGAGGAGUGGAUGUCCCGGAUAAAACACUUCCUUGCUCUCGGCGCGCGGCAUGCGGUGGUCGGGGACAGCCACAUGAACCUGAAAGGCCGGGUGGAUUGAGUGGAAUGAGACUUGGUACACCUGGGACGACGUCUUUCCCCCAGUGAGCUGAAACACAAGGCGGUGGCCUGCCACUUCGUCGUUUGUCUUGUCCGGGAUUAGAAACACACGAAAUCGCAAUAUGUCCGUGGUGUCUUCGUCAAAUUCGUCGUCGGCGACCACGUCGUACUCGACUUUGACCAGAGCCGAACUCGUUUGAAUCGGCUCCGGUGCGCCAAAAAACGUCGAGACCGUCUCUGGGCGCCACGUAAAAUCCAGGGCGUACGACCGACAUGACGGUUCGGACAACCGAGCAAGCUCGAGCCAAGCGACGGCCGCGGCAUCAACAUGCGCCGGAGAAGCGAAGUGGAGCCCCGAAUAGCUCACGAACUCGACGUUGGACGCCUUGUACGCGCGCAUGUACGUAGGGACGUUGGGGAGGGAUACCGCUGGAUGCAAGUACGGACCUAAGCGGUGGUCAUGGCUUAGUUGACGGUCCUGUGCAUGGGUCGAAGCGCCAUGUAAGUUGGAAAGCGUCGAGUGAAGGCGGCGACACGUCCUUGCGACGCGAAUAACGUCCUGGGUCCUUACGAACGCCAUAAUGCGAUGGAUCAAAGCGGGUUGGAGCUCACUGAGACGGUCUGUCGCACUGCUCCAUGAGGGCAAGCUACUUCUUUUCGGCCGCAACAAGACAGCAAAGUCACGGCGUAUCUGAACUUCGUCCAAGUUGCGCCCGAUGAAGACAAUUUUACAACCUUCGACCCCUGCCACGUCGAGCCACUCGCGGUCGACAACAUCCCCGACAGCAUGGAACACGAGUUUCUUGGUCAUCCCCUCAACGGAUAGAAUGGCCUUGGACCGGUACAGCACGACCUUCUUGGCGAUCGACUCUUUGGACGGGACGACCAGACGCCGCAUCCAGUGCGCGAACAAAAACGGAUCCACAACGUGAUGCGGUUCCAAAAUUGCAAACGAUUUCGUCUGUGUGUGUCGAGACGAGUGGGCUUCGUCGACCAAGUGGGUGCAACCAUCUUGGCACGUGGCAUGGUCGUGGUCAUGGCUGUGAUCGUUGCCGUCCUCGUUGUCGAACGUGUCGGCGAUCUUGUUCAGAUCAAACCCGGAAAGCCGAUCAAAUAGCGCAGCAAAGUCCAUGUCGCCGCGAACGCAAGGCAAGAUCGCGGCAGUUGGAUUUAGAUCUCGAAUGUGCGCCGCGAUGGUUCGGUGAACGGACGGCUGCGGCACCAAAUCCACUUUUGACAAGAUGACGAGAUCCGCAAGGGAAAUUUGGGACUGCGCCUCAGCGCUGUCACUUCGCAAGAGGCUCAAGAUGUUGCAUGCAUCUACGAGAGUCACAACGCCUUUCAUGUGGAACGACGACGUGAUGCUUGGGGUUUGCGUGAUGGUGCGGACGAUGGGUAGUGGGUCGGCCAUACCCGUCGUUUCAAUCAGCACCAUGUCGAGCGGAUGGCCGGAAGCGACUUGUUCAGCGAUGGAAGCAAAAGCACCCAAAAUGUCACCUCGCACAGUACAGCACAUGCAGCCGUUCUCCAGCACAAUCACUUUGUCCGCCACGCUCAGGGCGUUCGACGUGAGGAGGUCGUUGUCAAUGGCGACUUCGCCAAACUCGUUCUCAAUCACGGCGAUUUUGAGUUGGCGCUGCUGCAGCAAGAGUUUGUUUAAGAGCGACGUUUUCCCUGCGCCAAGGAAUCCAGUCAGAAUCAUGACUGGGAUCGCUGUCGUCGCCAUGAUGUCG